AUGCAGGGCGGGGCCCGUGAGACGUGGGGCGGGGCCCGAGAGACGCGGGGCGGGGCGCCGAGUGGGCAGAGGGCCAGCAGCUUUGAUAUCACUCGGCAGCUCUUUACAAGUGCAUCUUCCUGGGCCCUGACGCAGACCUAUGGCAUCCGAAGCACUGAGGUUGGGGGCCAGGAAUUUGUAUCUUCUAACGCUCCAAGUUGUGAAGCUUAG